UGUUUGGGGAGAGGGGGCACCUGGGAGGAGCGGCGGAAAGUGCCAGAAGCAGACUCCUCCAUCCCCUAGCCGACAGCCGAGGCUCUGGGACGCUGGAGACAGAUGCUGGGACAGACAGCCGGUCAGAUGCUCGGCCUGCCCGUGGGGCUCAGUGGGGGUCAGUAUUGGUCGCUGAUGCCACUGUUGCUGCUGCUGGCCCGCCUCCAUCAGGGGACAGGCCUGGAGCGCAUCCGCUAUGUGCCCCAGCUCGCAAGCCCCAGCCUGGCAGGGACCCUCACCCAGUCUACCUUCACACUGGAGCAGCCUAAGGGCCAGUUCAGUCGCCUCAACAUCUCUGACUUGGACGCCAUCUGGCUGGUGGUGGCCCACAGCAAUGCCACCCAGAGCUUCACAGCCCCACAGAGGGUUGAGGACAUCCCAGCCCCUGCCGACUUCACCCGGAGGGGCUACUACCUCACAUUGAUGGCCCACCGGGCCCUCUAUCCCGGCAACCAGACUGGGAACCAGCUCCGGGUCCUCCGCGUUGGCAAUGAUACCAGCUGCUCCCUGGGCAAACGGGGCUGCAACGCCCCACUGCCAGGCCCGGGCCCCUACCGAGUGAAGUUCCUGGUGAUGAGUGACAGGGGACCUGUGGCUGAGACGGAGUGGUCCAGCGAGACCCACUUGCAGCAAGCUGAGGCACUGCAGGCUGCCCCAGGGCCCCAAAGCGCGGGCACCGUGGUCAUCAUCGCCAUUCUGUCUGUCCUGCUGGCUGUCCUCCUCACUGCCCUCCUUGCUGUGCUCAUCUACACCUGCUAUGACACCUGCGGGAGCACUCCCAUUUCGGGCCCAGAGCAGCCGGUGUGCAUGAGAAGAUAUGACACCCACCACGUGACCAGCCCUCCAGCCACGGGGGGCUCCUGAGGAGUCCUCGUCUACCCCGCAGCCUCCGCCCUGGUCCCGGCUACAGAUCCUGCCUCUUCCGGAGCCCCGGGAAGAGAGCGUUUCAGAGUGAGGGUGGGGGGGGAGGUGUCCUUGGCCCCCAGUUGGGCCUGUCCUUGUCAGAAAUAAAUGUCCCCAGCAUCCCC